AUGGGUGAUCAGAUGCAUGACGAAGAAGAACACGAGACGUACAGUCCGGUUUUCAGCUACUCCAGAGCUACGCCGGAUUCAGCGACAGUUGCCAACCUUCUGGUCUUCCCAAAUCGGUAGGCCCAUCCCCAUCCUCUUGCCCGAGGACGAGACUGACCCUUGUGACCACAGACACUUUACUGAUGGAUGGGAGACACAUGCCGAUAUCCCAUUGUAUGACCAUGCCCCAAGCAGACCACCACGCGCCAUGGCUCAAAUACGGGCCCUGCUCGAGGGCACAGCCCUACCCCCGGAUGAGGCUUCACGGCUCUCGAACCUGCCCAAGCUUCCUGAGACACAGAAGCAGUGGAAAGAUGCCUGCUCUGGGUGGAUCGCCACCUAUGAUGUAUUCUCCAUCGAGAAUGAUCAACAAACGCGGACCACGUCCAUCGAGGUCAAGCUGUCCAGGUUCGACGUGGAAUUGUGCCUCCGUCAAGCCUUAUGCGCAGAUGAAGAGGAGUGGAUCUGUGCAUUUCCCCUUUCCAUAAGUCCUAACUUCGAGAUGUUCACCGUACUUCACAACCUCGUCUAUGUGGACAAGGAAAGGCUCUUCCCGCAAGUCAUUUCCUUGCACUGGACAUCCGCUCAACGAUGGAAGACCUGGACUAAGCUGAAGAGCGCUGGCGACAAGGAACUCACGGCGGAUCGACCUGACAUAUACCGCUACCAGUUUACUUGGAGCCCAGACGGAAAAUAUCUACUGUUCCACGAUCUUCAACUCCAGCCGCUCACCUGGGUUGAGAACGGAACUUGCGCCGUCGUCUUCGCUAUAAGCAACCGGCCUGAUGGUCAGAAGAGAGUUCGUGUGGUUAACCACUUCCCUUCGGUUUCACUCAGCACUGGAAUCCAUGACAGCCAGUUUCAUCCCACUGAGGCACUGCUGCUUUUCCGAGACGAGCUGAAAACCUAUGUCUGGCGGUUCUUAAAAGGUGAGCAUCUUGUGUGUAAGGACUGGGGUGGUCAUGUUUCUGACAACCGAAUAGACUCGAGACCAAUGGUCCUGGAUUUGGACCGACCCGGAGGUCAGCUAGCGUCUCUAGUCGAUCGAAUAUCGUUUAGUACCUGCGGAGGAUAUCUCGCAGUGUCACGCCUCAGAGCCGAAUGGCCCGAGUUGAUCGACCUCGGCGACUUCUUGAAUAUGUGCUUUAGUGAUUCGCCAUCUAGCCCAGGUGACGCCUCUACCGCUAGCUUUUCAAGCAAUGACACCAGUGGGCCUGGGGUGUCAUCUACUAGCUCUCUUGUUGAUGCUCAAGGAGUUACUCUUCGCAACCCUCAAACGGGAUUGGCUGCUAGCCUGGCUAACGUGCUGACAUCACGAGUUUACUUGGUAUCCAAAGACGAUGAUGGAGAGGUGACCGUGACGACCUGCGCUAUCACUCAGGAGGGUGUCGAGCUUCGUCAGAAUGUGGGCGGCAUUGUAACAACAACACCCCUCCUCAAUCUGCCGCCGUUUAUCCCAAAGGGAUACCUCGAGGUCCAGGUGACUGCACCAGACGUGGGCGACGACGAGGAUGUCAUAUGCAAGAUCGUCUUGAAUGCGGGACCGAGAAAGGCCUUUCUCGGUAGCAGCUCUGUCAUGGCUACAGCAAACUUGCCCAUCGUCUUAA